AUGCCACCUAACCAUAAAGGCUGCAUUUGCGUGACCGAACUGAUGAGCAUCAACGGCCUGUCGGAGUCCGCCUUUUGGAUGGGCAGCUCCGUGGGCGCCUUCUUUGAGAUGUUCCUGGUCCAGGCGCCGCUGAUUGUGCUGCUCCGGAGCAACCCGCUCACGGGGGCCGUGGGCCUCUGGCCCCACAGCGACGUGACGGUGCUCGUCACGUUCUUCACCGUCUACUCGGCCGCAGCCACCUGCUUCGCAAUCGUCAUCGCCAUUAUCAGCCCGAGGCCCAACAUUGCUGGGAUCCUGACGUUCGUGAUCAUGGUGAUGACCCUGAUUCCCGCGAUCAUAAUGAUCGUGGCCACGGGGGCGAGCCUCCAAGACAGUGAGCGCGUGUUCACGACGCACGACUACGUCUACCGGGUGAUUCUUCUGAUCCCCAAUAUCGGCUUCACUUACGGCAUUACCUUGAUCUGCGAGAGCGAAGAACUGGGGACUGGCAUUACGCUGAAAACGUUCAACACGCAUCAGAGCUUCCACAAGCUUACGCUUUCCAAUAUCUGCCUGGCCCUCCUCAGUUCUUGCGGCGUUAGCCUCACACUUGCGUGGUACCUCAAGAAUGUUUGGCCCUUGGGAUACAGUUUCCCUAAGCCGUGGUGGUUCGUUAUAAUGACUUUCGGACCGGUUGGUUGCCGCACGGUUAUUUUGAAGGACAUAACGCUCAAGAUCUUCCAAGGUCACAUCACGGCAGUACUGGGCAGAAACGGCGCCGGCAAAUCAACGUUGCUGAGAACGAUUAUCGGCUCCAUCAGGCCGUCCAGUGGGACCGCCUUCGUGCAAGGUCAAGACAUCCGCAAGAAAAAGUCAGCGGUUCGGAAGACCGUCGGCUAUUGUCCGCAGCACUUCUCCCUCUACAGGGAGAUGACGGUCCAGGAAAACCUGUGGCUUUUCGGACGGGUUCGUGGCAUGAACAACAAGGACGCCGACGAGGCGCUCGCCCUCAUUCUGAUGUCCCUCCAAAUGAACGACAUCAGGGACAAACUGGUGAAGCGCCUGACCACUGGGCAGAGGAGGAAAGUACAGCUGGGAAUUUCGCUGAUUGGGGAUCCGCAGAUGCUGCUGCUUGACGAGCCGACUGUGGGUUGCGACACGGACUCCCGCAACGCGCUCUGGCACUCGAUCCUCAAGAUCCGCGGCCAGAGGGGCAUCCUGCUGGCCACCAACAGCAUCGAGGAAGCGGACAUCUUGGGGGACCGCGUCGCCAUAAUUUCCGCCGGCGUUGUUCGCUGCUGCGGCUCGGCGCUUUUUCUUCGCAAGAAGUACGGCAUCGGCUACCGGCUCCACAUGACGACAACCGAGAUGCCCAACGUGAAGCACUUGGUGACCUUUGUGACGGGCAUCGUGGAGCUUGCCAGGGUCUUCCUGGAGCGCCGCGGCUACAUCAUCUUUUCCCUGGGCAACCCCGAGCACACGACGCUGAUCCAGCUGCUCAAGCAGAUCGAACAGAACCGGAGGUCACUGGGGGUCUUUACCCUGGGCCUGGCAGCCACCUCGCUCGAGGACGUGCUCCUCAAAGUGGAUGAAGCAAGCAGCAUAAUGGAAACGGACGCCGAGUCCAGCGAAAGCAGCGCAGGAGCACUGGGAGGGGGAGGCGAAGGAGGAGGAGGUGGUAUGACGACAACGGACGUAGCGGACGACAAAGACAAGACCAAGUCUCACUCGAUCGAGAAAGACAGAGAAUCGUACAACAGGGACUUUGUGCCCGUCACGGGGUUCGCCCUCCUGAGCCUCCAGAUCAGGGCUCUGCUCUACAAGAAACUAUGCUACUAUAAAAGGAGCUACCUGUCUAUACCCAUGCUCCUCAUCUUCAUAUUUAUGCUUGUCGUCAUGCGGACGAUUGCGUUGGGCCUUCUUCCCUGGCAAGGGCUUAAAGAGCUGGAUCUCGCCGAGAUACAGGCUAAAGUGAUCACCACCAAUAUUGGUCAAGUGAUGCAGCAAAGGGAUAACCAAAGCAGCAUCACCUACAGCAUCGAGACGGUCGAAGACACCGUGACGGGCCCCAUGUACACGACGGCGCUGACGGCCCGCAUCAUGGACUCGCUGAUCCUGCCGCUACUGCUGUCCCUGCUGGCGGCCGCCUACAUCGCCAUCCCGAUCGAGGAGACGGUCAGCAAGGCCAAGAUGCUGCAGCUCCUGACCGGCAUCUCGUCCACCCGCUACUGGCUCAUCAACUUCCUCGUCGACUUCGUCACGUACAACAUCGCCUGCUUCGCGGCCUUCUUGCCCAUCUACGUGGGAGACCCGAACAAUCUUCACGGCAGAGAAUACACCAUUAUUUGUACUGCAUACCCUUACUACCUUUUAUAA